AUAAACGGGUGGUUAUGUAUAUGACCCAGGGUGUCGUACAACUGGACAAGGUUGUAACUCGCAACAAUCCUGUGACAGAAAUCAACUGGAUAUCAUUGGACAGAAUAUUUGACUUCCAGAUGUCACUCAAAACGCAGGAAGUUGUACGAUCGGAUGUCAAACCGUAUACAACCUUCAUCAAAAGGGUAGCUGCAACUCUGACAUCGAACACACUUACAUAUGAGGAUGUACCGGACUUCUUAAAAGUACAGGAUGUCCUUCACAAACAUACAACCAGACACAGACUCCAUUACCCAUUCAUUAUUGAGAUCACACGCACACAGCGGCUAACCAGAACCCCACAGCCUACCAUGGGAAUAACAUCCCAGAAGAUUAUGUGCGCCUAUACUGGACUGGACAUGUGGUAUGACGUGGAGGUAUUUUAUUCUCCCCAUAAAGCAGAGUUUGAGCUUAACAGAAAGCUGGCUGUUGGAAAGCUGGCACCUUGGACAGUCGAGACUAUCUUGGGCGAAAAUGAUAGCCAACUCAUCGAGUACGUCCGGUGCCUUCUUUUACUGACUGAGAAAUAUCAAUCAGUUGUAUCAUGAAAAUAUAAUUUAUUAUCUAUUUAAUAUAAUAUGUAUAUAACUUGGCAUAAGU